ACCAACGCCCAUAAACUGGCAGUAGGAAAUGAAUCGUGUAGGCAAAGUAGUCUCUUUUCCGUAGCCUCCAGCUGAGAGAAGACUCUACUCCGGGUACCUCUCCCGAUAGUGCAACACUGUCAUCGGUUUUUGUCUAUUGCAACCGCUUACUCUCAUCUGGCUCCUUUUAGGAUUUGAACUACUCUUCACGCUGUAGAAUUAUUUUCUCUUGCGUGCGUUUUAUUCAUCCUCGGUUUAAUUCAUUCGUUCCUGGACGCCUGUCAAAAUGGCAACACGAAUCGACAAAGAGGCUUGCAGAGAGGCAUACAACCUCGUCCGAGACGACAACACAGACAUAACUUGGGCAUCUUUCAAGUAUGAAGGCUCUACGAUUGUUCCAGCAGGACAUGGAACCGAUUACGCGGAGUUCAAAAGCCAAUGUACAGAUGACGCGCGUCUGUUUGGUUUUGUGAGGAUCCAGACAGGAGAUGCCAUGAGCAAGCGGGCCAAGUUCACGCUCAUCACUUGGAUUGGAGAAAACAUAAGUGGUCUGCAGAGGGCGAAGAUCAGUACGGAUAAAACGCUGGUGAAAGAUGUCAUACAGAACUUUGCUAAAGAGUUUAUGGUCAGCGAUAUUCGGGAGCUGGAGGAAGACUACAUACGUAACGAGCUGAAGAAGGCUGGCGGUGCCAACUAUGAUGCCCAGGCAGAGUAGAGUUUACCAUGGCACACAGAGAGGAAUGGAGAGGGGGUCACUUCAUCUCACACACCUCCUCAAACACACAGACACAAACACACGCACACCAACAUAUAAACAAGCACUCCAUAUCCCUGUCUCCAGUGAGGUCAUGACUGAUUUAUCUGCUGUACUGUGCAUCAUCUUGCACUCAUCUCGACUGGGCUGUGAUCAUGGACCUCAUUUUCUUCUGGGAUGUCUUUGUUUUGUAUGCUAACUGGUAACUGGAGCCAUUAGAGUUUGAUGUGAAGAGGCCGUCUAGGCUUUUGAUCGGACCUGGUUAUAUCACAUCAGUAGUGAAGUUGAAUUAUUUUCCACUUUUUUUUUUUUUCUAUCUCCGUUUCCCUGGCUACUUCCUCAACGGAGACCACUGUUUACGGCCUUCGUCUCCCGUGGGGAGAGGGGCAUCACUGGAUGUAUGCUUAUGUGUGUAUGUGUUUGUGUUUGCAGACAUUGCACUGUGACUCACUAGGCUCCAAGCAGGGGUGGGAUUUAAAGCAGUCUGUAGCUUGUCACUCACCCCAGCUGUGAAGUCACCAUUUCUCUAGUGUAGCCUUCCUUAUAGUCAUUUGAAUUGAAAACCCCCAAGAAUGUUUCUACAGCAAGUUUUAUUUACUUUUGAAAUUUUAUCCAGAAUUUUCCAUAGAAAUGAAUGUCAUCAAAGAACCAACAAUACAAAAAAAUUAAAAAAAUACAUGGGCACAAACAAAUCGAGUCAUUUCAGAAUAAAAAUGUUUUUUCAAGAAA